AUGCACAAGGAACGCGCUGCAUGUGCGCUGCACACGCACUGCAAGCGCGCUGCACAUUUGUACAGAAGAAAAAGGACCAGAAGAAACCUCUCUGACGGCAGGGUGGUUAUCACACAGCACUUCACUGAGAGAACAGUCACGCCAGGUGGAGAUGUAAGUAUAAAUCGUUUAAUCCCAAAUCAUUCCAGGUAUGCCCUAGGCCAAAUAAUGACAUCUGACAACACAGUAGUCUCUCAACUGAAUAUAACCCGGGUAAGGGUCGAAGACGGAGGCUUGUACUCCUGCACGGCGAAGGAAGGAGAACAUACUGCCAGUCACGAAAAUAGAUUGGAUGUUUAUGGACCACCAUACAUAAGAGUGUUACCACCUAUAAAAGUACAAAGUGGGGACUCUGUAAAUUUGAGAUGUCCAUUUUACGGUUAUCCAAUUAGCAAAAUAGACUGGGAAUACAAAGGCAAGACAUUAAACCCAAACAACAUUUUCCAAACACGAUACAAAAGAUCUCACAUCAAAAGAAAAACUCGUAGAAACGCACCAACGGUCACAAUGAGCGGGAUCCUUAAUAUACCAGAUGUAACUAAAGAAAUUAAUGGGGAGGUCUUCACGUGCAUUGUAACUAGCCCCUCAGGAGAAAUGGCAAGAAGGUCUUUCGACAUACAAGUAAUUGAAGCGCCGGUACUAGAAGAAUUGUUGUUAGGAAAUAACCUACAAGAAGGACAGAUUGUAAAUAUCUAUUGUAACGUUAGAAGCGGUGAUUUGCCGAUCCACUUUGAAUGGCUAAAGGAUGGUAAACGGAUUCCUAGUAGCUUAAAAGUAGCCGAACGUAGUUCAGAACUAUUUAGUGCUCUUGUCAUCAAGAAAGUUGCACUGGAACAUUGCGGUACUUACACUUGUGUGGCUUCUAAUCACGUAGCUAAGGUUAACAAGUCCACUGAGCUUUAUAUUAAAGUUGCACCAAAGUGGCUAGAAGAACCAUCAAAUUCAUCUCUCUUGCUGGGAAGAAGAGGUACAGUUUCCUGCAGCGCUAGUGGGUACCCGCAGCCUCAAGUGCAUUGGAUGAAGAAAGAUGCCCUACUUGGCACUUGGCAGCCAGUUCUCGAACUAGCAGGAGGGGGAAUCCUUAGUCUUCCAAACGGAACGUUGAUCAUCGAAGAAGUAUCAUUAACCGAUGAAGGUUUAUAUUCUUGCAAUGUUGAGAAUGGUAUUGGACAGCCUUUGAGCAAGACGAUAUGGAUGAGUGUCAAUAAACCAGUACACUUCGAGACAUCAUCUACAAACAUAACAUCCCGUCUUGGACAUUCUAUCACGUUAGAGUGUCGGCCAUUGGGUGACGAUCCCAUUAGAGUAUCUUGGACACAUGAUGGGAAAUCUAUUGACUUUCAAGGUCCCAGAAUAAAACUCUCCGAAUCCAAGACAUCACAGGGUCUAAUCAGCACUAUCAGCAUGCAAUACACAGAAACAGCUGAUGCGGGGUUAUACCAAUGUCGAGCCAGCAACCCUUAUGGAUCUGGGGGCUUUAAUGUACAUCUUACUAUACUCGAACCUCCAACUCCACCUUCCGAGCUCCGAAUCGAUGCAUUACGUUCUCGAGGCGUCACGAUUAGCUGGCGUGACACACUUCGAGCUUAUGCCAGAUAUUACUCCCUUCAGUACACCACUACGCACUACGCGGAAGUCUGGGAUCAUGCUACUGCUAUUAAUGUUACAAGGAAAGACAAUGAAAUCCGUCAAGUAAUAGAUCUGCAGAAUCUCAGACCGGCGACUGCGUAUGGCGUGAGAGUUGCUACCGGCAAUCAAGUUGGAGUCAGUGUCUAUACAGCGCCCGUACAUUUUACUACUCAUGAGGAAGCUCCAUCGUCACCCCCAAUGAGCGUGCAUGUUGAACCAACAGAGAACCCUGGGGAACUCUACAUAUCGUGGCUACCACCUGUGAAAGAAACUCACAAUGGUGUCAUUAUGGGUUACCAUGUGAAGGCUGUACCUCAGAAUGUUGGAUCAGUUUCCGAGGACUCGGACACAAGAACGGUAAAAAUAUCACAGCAAUCUGGGAAGCAGGAAACUUUGCUCAGUGGAUUACUAAAGAACACGAGGUACAGCAUAUCGAUAUCAGCUUUCACAAGUGCUGGAUCCGGACCGUUCUCUUUGCCUGUUUACCAGGAUACUAGAGAAGGAGCACCAGAGCAUGCUCCAUCGUCAGUGGAAUGCACAGCGGUUUCGUCAACUUCGCUGAGAGUGGGUUGGCAGCCCAUCGUUGCCCCCGGCCAGGGCAGUUCUUUGAUUGGUUACACCGUACUUUAUGCUACCGAAGAAGGUGCCUGGCACAACCAAACAUCUUUGCACACGGAGCUUUAUCUGCAAGGGUUGCUUAAAUUCACAAACUACAGCAUCAAAGUGGCUGGGUUCUCCAACUAUGGCGCAGGACCUUAUUCCUAUCCUAUUAUCUGUGCCACCUUGCAGGAUGUGCCUGGUCCUCCAGCUGACAUCAAAGUUCUUGUGCUCUCGUCCACGUCUCUGCUAAUCAGCUGGAAACGCCCAGAGCUUCCCAACGGAGAGAUCACGCAUUACACUGUUUUCAUCAAACCAACUUCAAGUAACGGCCCAGCUCAAACAACCCGCGUUAGCCCCUCCACCACCACAGCAGAAAUCAAAGACCUCACCACGGGAAGAACGUAUGAAGCCUGGGUGACUGCAAGUACAAAAGCAGGUGAAGGAGCUGCCACUAGAAGGGUUUCUCACACUCCUGCACAACGAGUGGUCGCCGGAGUAGCGUCACUUGGAGGUACAAUAUCAGUAGGUGUGGGCAGCUCCCUACUGCUCGUCUGCCAGUGUGUAGGCGUCCCACCUCCAAGGACCAUCUGGUACCACAAGAACAACAUCAUAACUCAUCAUCCCAGGUUCACUAGGAACCAUGAUGACAGCCUGCUUAUUAACAAUAUUGACCAAUCGUUAAGCGGAAACUACAGCUGCCUAGCAAAAAACCUAUACGGCUCAGAUUCAGUAGAAUACUCAGUCAUUGUGCUGCCUUUGCCUGAUGCACCAAUACUAAGAGCUACUCCUUACAAGGAUUCAAUAUUGGUGGAAUGGGAACAACCUUAUUACUCUGUUAAUAAGAGCUUGAGUCAGAAAAUCAGUUACAGCCUCACAUGGAAGGAAGCAAACGGGCCCUGGCAAGAAGCCUGGCCAAACACCAAGCUACCAAAUUUAUCUGUCCAAAGACAUGCCCUAACGGGACUUAAGUGUGGUACCAAGUAUUCUUUGAGAAUCACUGCUACAAAUAAGGUCGGGACUUCACAGCCUGCGUAUCUAGAUGUCAAUACUUUAGGUGGAGUACCAAUUUCACCAACAACAAACGACUGGUUGUGGAGCAACUGCUCCCACAUCUACGUCCAACUGGCUGGAUGGGACGAUGGGGGCUGCGAACUGAGAGCCUUCGAAGUUGAGUACAGGGUAUUAGGAAGCAGAAGUUGGAUACGGGUACCUAGCACUAUGUCAUUCUCGGAUGUGCCAUCCUGGAGUCUCUCGCCCCUGUACCAAGCGAAGACGUAUCCCAACUCGGUGGCGAUCUGUGAACUCUCGCCUGGAACGUGGUACCAGCUAAGAAUAUCUGCAAUCAAUGAAGCUGGCAGUGUUACCUCUACUUAUAGUUAUGCUACGAAGAAUGAGGAUGGUAGCGAAGUCGGUCCACCGUCAGAAUCUCUAGACCUCAAUACGUUGGUCAUCAUGUGCAGCUCAAUUCUAUUGGCUGCUUGUGUGCUAUGCAGUAUCUACAUUAUAAUUAAGAGGCAAAGGUAAUUAAUGGGACACGACCCCGAAUACAGAGACUCAAUAGCUAUAGCCAACAAGUCAGAGAGUGGCAACCUAACGGCGAACACGUCACACAGCAAUAUUGCCAAUAUUAAGGAGAAUAUAAACGCUCAAGCUAUGAACCAGCAGAGCAGGAUAUAUAGCGCACCCGUUCAUAUGAGGAAUAAUAGUAAGCAUGUUAUUUUUACAGAACUGUACGAAAUAAGUCCAUACGCGCAGUUCGCCGUGGGCUUCAGGACAUUUGGACAUGUUGAAAAUCAAGAUUUGCCCACUCGACAUAAGAGAUAUGACACAGAAACCAGUUUUCAAGUUUGUUCAGAGUCUGAAGACAGUGAUAGCAUAUCAAAAUCUACACUUAAGAGUGUUCCAAGAAAAGUCUGCCGAACGCCCCAUCAUAGGUAA